AUGGAGAAAAAAUCAAAAUAUACUUUUUAUCCGGGUAUUUUUAGAAAAGGAAGAGGAGAAGGAGAAGAAAACAAUAAUGAUAAUAAUAAUAAUAGUAGUAAAAAUAAUAAAAAUAACGUUUUAGUCGACGUAGAUGAUUGGAUAAGUGAAAAAAAAUUAACGGAUGGAGCGGAAGGUCUUUGGAGAAUCCAUGAUAAAUUAUACGAUUUAUCAGAUUGGAUUUCGAAACAUCCCGGAGGAAAACAUUGGCUGGAAGAAACAAAGGGAACCGACAUAACUGAAGCUUUCGAAUGCAAUCACAUUUCGCGUAAACCUGAACAAAUAUUGGAUAAAUUUUACGUAAAACCUGCUGAAAUUGAAAGAAAUUGUUUAAUUACUUUUGAAAAAAAAGGUUUUUACAAAAUAUUAAAAAAUAAAAUCAUCGGAAGAAAAUUGCUGGAUGAGAAAAGUUGCGAACCUCAAUUUAAAACGAAAAUGUUGGCCGACUGUUUAGCAUUAACCGUAUUUUUGACGGGUUUAUUAGGGACGAUGUGGAAGAAUCAUUGGUUUCUUUUGGUUUCUGGAAUUUUUUUAAGCAUGCUCACCGUUUGCGCCCAUAAUUUUCUUCACAUGAAAAAUAAUUGGAGAAUUUAUUAUUUUCAAUUAUCGUUGAUGUCCGUGAGGGAAUGGAGAAUCAGUCACGUUUUAAGUCAUCAUAUAUAUCCGAAUUCAUCAUCAGAUUUGGAAGUCACUAUGGUGGAUCCCUUUAUGAACUUUUUACCUAAACCGAACAAACUAUUUCCGUUAUCCUGGGUCUUGAGUCCCUUUGUCAUGGCCACAAUGUUUCAUUUUCAAUUACUCAGAAGAAUUUUGAAAAAGACGAUGAUGAAAAAAAAAAAAAAUUUAUUAUUACGUCAAGAAGAAGAAAUUGUGGUAUUGGCGCUUCCGUUAUUUCUUUAUAUUUUUAGCGGUCAAGGAAUUUGGACUUCUUUGUUUGCGUGGAACGUCAUCAUUGUAAUUGGAAGUCUUUUUUUUGGACUCAUUGGAUUUUCUGCUGCUCAUCAUCAUCCGGAAAUUUAUCACGAUGGAGAUUAUUUAGGAGAAGACAAAGAUUUUGGAAUUCUUCAGUUGGCAGCCGUGAGAAAUAGAAGAGACGUAGACGGUAAUUUUUUUUUCACAAUGAUCAUGUUCGGUGAACAUGCUUUGCAUCAUUUGUUUCCAACCAUCGAUCACAGUCAAUUAUACAAACUCGAUCAAGUUCUCGAAGAAACCUGCCGUGAAUUUAAAUUGGAUUUUAAACCUUUUGUGGCAAAGAAAUUAUUUUUGGGAAUGUUUCAACAAUUGGCCAGAAAUUAUACAAAUGCGACGUUGAAAUUGUUCCCCAAUUAA